GAGAGAGAGAGAGAGAGAGAGAGAGAGAGAGAGAGAGAGAGAAUGGAAGUGACGCAAAUCCUUCACAUGAACAAAGGAGAAGGUGAAACCAGCUACGCCAAGAAUUGCACCGUGCAGAGGGAAAUAAUAACACUGGCAAAUUCAAUAAUGGAGGAAGCAGUGGCGGAGUCAGUACAGAACACUCUCCCGCAAAGCAUGGGGAUAGCAGAUCUCGGCUGCUCUUCCGGCCCCAACACUCUAAUGGCAGUCUCCAAAAUCAUAGAUACAGUUUGCAAAACAAGCUCCGGUAUAGUGGGGUCCACAUUGCCGGAGCUUAGGGUUUCGCUCAACGAUCUCCCGGGCAACGAUUUUAACGAGGUUUUCAUGUCUUUUCCGGGGUUUUACGAAACCCUCCGAAAAGAGAAAGGAAAUGGGCCGGAGGGUGGCUUUGUCUCCGGCAUCCCGGGAUCUUUCUACGGGCGGCUGUUCGCCCGAAACAGCAUGCACUUUGUUCACUCUUCUUCCACUCUCCAUUGGCUCUCUCAGGUUCCACCUUCUCUAGACAUGAACAAAGGAAAGAUUUAUAUAUCAAAGACAAGCCCACCUUGUGUAGUGAAAGCAUACGUCUCACAAUUCGAGAAAGAUUUCUUUCUAUUUCUGAGAUCGCGGGCCCAUGAGAUGGUGGCCGGUGGCCGAAUGCUACUGUCUUUCAUGGGCCACAUCUCGCCGGAAGCUUCCACUGAAGUGGGAUCCCAUCAGUGGGAGCUUCUAGCUCAGCUCUUACUAGGUCUCAUUGAAGAAGAUAGAAUCGACUCGUUUAACGCGCCCUACUACGCGCCAUCUCCUCAAGAAGUGAGAAAUGUAAUAGUGGAAGAAGGUUCUUUCUCCAUCAAUCAUGUAGAGGCAUUUGAGGUAAAUUGGGAUGAAGGUUCAAGUGCGUGUAGCGAUAGCGCGUGUGACAAAUGCGAUUUUGAACAUGAAAAACUAUCGAGGGGUCAACGGGUGGCUAUAACUAUUAGGGCGGUGGUUGAAUCAAUGGUAGAGUCGCAUUUUGGAAGAGAAAUAUUGGAUGAAUUGUUCCGGAGGUAUGGGGAACUCGUCGACGAUUACUUCUCCAAGACUGUGGCUAAGCACAUUAAUUUGGUAGUUUCUGUCACGAGAAAUUCUGAAUAA